GGGGCGAAAGAGGCAGCGUAGGAAGCGGCGCCGGAAGUGACCGAGUCGCUGCGCCCUUCCCUUCUGCUCCACAGAGAAGUGGCGGGAAAGGAGGUGGGCGAUGUCGUUGCCGGCUUUGGAGGCCGUGCUGAGGGAGCUCAGGGUCUUCAACCUGGACCUGGCGGAGGGCGAAGACGGGGACGCUGUGGCCGAGAAACUGGUGGAACUUUGCACGUUGUACAGGUUGGAAGAGAGUGACCUUGCAGAAAGUAUAAUAGCUUUCACUCUGACGAAGCAGUCUGUUCAUCUCACACUCGAUUCUCUGAACAUCUUCGAACAUGAAGUGCUCAAGAGGCCCACGAAACCUCAAAAGAGAAAGGAGACCCAUUGCCCUAGAAUCAGAGACGUCAACAGCAUUCAAGAGCUUCUCGACGUAGAAGAGGAAGAAGAGAACCUUCUAGAUACCUACACAUCGCCGUCAAAAGGAUCUCAGAAGCGGGCAAUAACCACGCCGGAAAACCCACGUUCCAAGCGGACUCUUUCCACACGCAGCCCCCGUCUGGCCUUCUCCCCCAACAGCUUCUCGCCCAGUGCUACCCCCUCACAGAAGUACGGCUCUCGAAGCAACCGUGGAGAGAUUGUUACCUCCUUUGGCUCCAUACAGGGCACUUCCUGGAGUGGAAAUGGUGGCUUGGCCACUUCAGUGAAGCUCUUCCAUUCUCCCGAAGAUUCUCUCACCAAGCCGUACAAAUUCAUGUUCCAGGACCUUGUGGAUAACCGAGAAGUGCUUUCCUGCAAGAUCGAAGACCUAGGGAUGGCAGUAAAGGAACACUAUAAAAUAGAAGAAUUUUCCUCUUUGAUCAUCCCUGUGCAGGAGCCAGUGACCGUUCUGGGCCAAAUUGGGUGUGAUUCCAAUGGGAAGCUGAAUGCCAAGUCGAUCAUCUUGGAAGGAGAUCAAGAACACUCUUCAGGAGGCAUGGUUCCUGUGGAUGUGUCUGAACUCCAGGACUACUCCCUCUUUCCAGGGCAGGUUGUGGUUAUGGAAGGCAUGAACCCUACCGGCGAGAGGCUGAUCGCAUCCAAGCUGUACGAGGGUGUGCCACUUCCGUUUUACCAGCCAAUGGAUCAGGAUGAAGAUUCAGAGCUGCAGAUGGUCUUGGUUGCCUGUGGCCCUUAUACCACCUCGGACAGCAUCACCUAUGACCCCAUGUUGGACCUUAUCGACGUUAUCAAUAGAGACAAGCCAGAUGUCUGCAUUCUGCUUGGACCUUUUCUCGACGCAAAACACAAACAAGUUGAGGACUGUCAGCUCACUGCCUCGUUUGAAGACGUCUUCAAGAGGUGCAUGAAGAUGAUUGUCGAAGGGACGAGGAGUGCUGGUUCCCACCUUGUCAUCGUCCCAUCUGUGAGAGACGUCCAUCACCCCUGCAUUUAUCCCCAGCCACCUUUUACCUGCUGCGAGCUUUCAAAAGAUGACAAACAGAGGGUGCUUUUCGUUUCGGAUCCCUGCACCUUAGAGAUCAACGGUGUGGUUUUCGGCUUGACAUCUGUGGAUCUGCUCUUUCAUAUGGGUGCGGAAGAAAUCAGCAGUUCUUCCAGCAUGUUGGACCGUUUUUCCCGAAUCCUAAAGCACAUCCUGACUCAGCGGAGUUACUAUCCGCUCUACCCUCCCGCGGAAGAAAUGAACAUUGAUUAUGAGGUUUUCGACCAGUACGCACCCCUGCCCGUCACCCCGGACGUGUUGAUCACUCCGUCGGAACUGAGAUACUUCAUCAAGGAUGUCCUUGGCUGUGUCUGCGUGAACCCCGGCCGGCUAACGAAAGGCCAGGUGGGGGGCACCUACGGGCGUAUGUGCGUCCAGCACAAGGUCUCCAAGGAGGAGGAGGGACGGAAGAGUCCGUGUGUCGCCGCUCAGGUCGUCAGAAUUUGAGCCGGAUCUCUGCCCUAGCCGUCCUGGCAGAGAGGUCUCCUGAGUUUUGCUGGAGGGGAGGGCCGAGGCUGAAGAGAUGGAGGGAGUGUCUCCCCCAAGGGUCUCUCUGAGGGCUGCAGCUGUUUGGGAUCUUGCCUUCUGCUUUAGCAGCCAACGCGCUGAUUACCCGGAACAGCUGGACGAAAUCUCUUCUGUUUCAGUUUUCCCGAGUUGGGUGGGGAAAACGGAAUUGAACUGCACCGAUGUUCUCUUGAUGUACACUUUUUACUUUUGAGAAAAUAAUAAAAAAAUACUCUCUA